GCCGAAAUUGGGGAUGUGAUUGGGCUUAGGCUGUGUGUCUGUAGGCUGUGCACCCCUGGUCACCAUAUCGCCCACCCGUGAUCCAUGUCUUCGUCCGUUAUAACCGUUCAUUGACUUCUCCAUACCAGGACUUCCUGUUCAUGUUUUGCGAAAACCCGAUAACAUAGACUUUGACAACAAAAACGUUUGCUUACCACGACUUUAUCAUUCCGCCAUCUUGACAUCCUUUUCAUGACCAAAGUGAAGAGAGCAGAAGAGAAGAGAACACACGAGAAGGUCCGGCGGAACUGACACACCGACUGAAAAGACACUUUACGUGUAGUCAUGUUAAUAUGUGAAGCUCCUGCAUUCAAAGGGCUAAAUGAGAAGAUGGAUGAAGUGUUGUGGAGGUGCUGGUGUUCAGCAGAGGGUACAGACAAUCAUGUUUUAGCGAGAACACUGGCUACAGACACUGCCUCCCACUGAUGUGAUGCUAUUAAAGAGAGACCACUGUCAGCAAUGUCCAGUCAUCCGCCAUCUACUACACAACAGGUAGUGAACUUAGCAGAAGCCCAGGCGUUGUGGCGGCAAUGGGUUGAGGCCGAGUUUCCUGACCUCGAGUCUCGCGCCUACUUCCUGCCUCCUGUCUACGUCAACCGAGUGCCCAUGACAAGACAGUCGGUAGCUGGUCAGGAUGUUCUGGUCCUUGGGUCAGCACCUGGACAGGCUGGUCAGUCUAACAAACAGGCAAUGGCUUCAUCUGCUGCUCAGACUCUCAAUCCUCAGCCUCCUCGAGUUCAGGACAGUGAUGUCAGAGACGAUGCCGCCGUGGAGUGGGUCAUCAAGCGUCUUCAGAAAAUUUCUGAAGAAAAUAAAGAAGUUUUGGUAGGACUUAGUCAGCUGAAGUUCGAACAAUGUUUAGGUGAACCUCGUUACUCAGCCGUGGCUGCCCAGCUACCCGUAGCCGACAGUCUUCCGUCAUCAUUUCCAAAAAGUUGGAAACAAGGAGACUUUGAUGUGCUUCUUAUUCACAGACAUUACGGGUUUGUCGUGUGUGAAGUGAAAGCCUUUGGUGACAAUAUACAAGAACUUAACAUACCACAGCAGGCAAUAGAAAACAACAUUAGAAAGAAACUAAAACAGGCCGUGUCACAGCUGGACAAGGCGGAGGCCAUGUUGUCUCAUCUGAUGUCCGACAUCGCUCCCGGUCUGCGCAUCACUAAGACCAUUGCUUUCCCCAACCUCACGGCUCGUCAGCUUCAACAGGCCAUCUCCGGCGACACCACAUUGUCUCAAGUAGGAAUCUAUCUCACACUAUCAAAGUAUUAG